CGUCAAAGGAAAGCAGCAAAGGGAAGAAAAAAAGGCAAGAAAAAACAACACCGAACCAAACAUAACAAAUACAGCAAAUUGUUAUCGGACCCCUUAUCGCGGUGCUUGUACGGUGGAAACGCUAAACGCUGGAUCCCUUUCCGAAGAACUAUUCCCGUGAAGGUGACCAAUUAACGUUCAAAAUCCGCCGUGCCGUGAAGUGAGUGUGCGUGUUUUUCUGAGGAAAAGCAAGUGAUAACUAUCGUGACAACUAGCGGACGUGCAGUGUUUUCCUGUUGCCGGCAGUAGUAGCUUGUUGUUUGUGUGUGUGAUUUUGCCGUAAGUUUCGGAAUUUUACUUUGGUUUCCAUCGUUUACGCCCGUGGUUACUUCCUGGAAGUGGCUAACGCAAUCUUAGAAGAUAACUACUAGACGCGAGCUAAACAGCCACACAAGAACGCACUGUGUACAAGAAGGCAAAAUAGGUACACGUCAACAAUCCUGAAGUCAUCACGCUCCGCACGAGACGACGUGUGUGCGUGUGAAGUAAGCACUCUAGGCUCGGUUCCCACCCCUAAACGACGGGACCAUUUGAAUUUGGAGACGAACGUCGCUUGGAAUACUAAGCAGCACCGCAACGGAGGCACAGGCGGGAACUGGCGCGAUCGUUGCAGCGAAGGCGAUUGAGUCUAGGAAGUCGAUCGGGUGAAAGUUGUGGCUUGGCUGGUACGGGUGCCCACUGCCCCACCGACACGCAAUCUGUGUAUUCGUAUUCGUGGUAGUAAUUGUCCGCGCGGUACGCACACCUGAGGAUACGUGCGGCGAGUCAAUCACUGCCGGGCCGUGCUUUGCCGUGACGACGGGGUAGGCGAACACCGAACGAGACACGCGAACACACGCCCGCAAAGAACCAGUCAAACGAGCCCACUCUGCUGCCACACUGCUGUGGGAACCAACACCACCAUCAGCGCUGUACACGACACGGUGGCUCGAGCGAACAGACGAGCGGCUGCAACAAUAAACUGGUGUUGACCAGCGACCCAACGGUUCAGUCUUCGGUUGUACGCGCCCGCGGAAAGAUCUUGCUUUCUCGAGCUCCGGUACGCGAUUCGGAAAAAAGAAACCCCCCCCUCCCACAACCACCCACUCGGUUUCACCUUCGUCCGUCAACGGAACAUUCGCGCACCUCCCCCCGCUUUUAUUCCACCGUUAUCCGGACCCGCGCCAAGUGUUCCGUGUUUUGGGUGAGACGCGUGCGUGAUUCCGCGAAGCCUAACGCUACGUAACGUGUCGGGUGCAGGGUGCUAGAAAAACGGCCCGAUCGACGAUCGCAUCAUGUGUGGCAUUUUUGCGUAUCUAAACUUCCUGACGCCGAAGACGCGGCGCGAAGUGUUGGACCUGCUGCUGAAUGGGUUGAAGCGGCUCGAGUACCGUGGCUACGAUUCGGCCGGUGUGGCCGUCGACGGGGCGACGGUCGAUGCGGACAUACUGAUGUUCAAGCGCACCGGCAAGGUGAAGGUGCUGGAGGAGGCGAUCCAUGCCGCGGCCGAAACGAUCGAUUUCAGUGAAUCGUGCGAAACGCACGUCGGUAUUGCGCACACCCGUUGGGCGACGCACGGUGCACCGAGCGAGCUGAACUCGCACCCGCAGCGGUCGGACGACACGAAUGCGUUCGUGGUGGUGCAUAACGGUAUCGUGACGAACUACAAGGACAUCAAGAAGUUCCUGGAGCUGCGCGGUUACGCGUUCGAGUCGGACACGGACACGGAGGCGAUCGCGAAGCUGGUCCAUCACCUGUGGAAGCAACACCCGAACUACUCGUUCCGCGAGCUGGUCGAGCAGGUGAUCCAGCAGCUCGAGGGUGCGUUCGCGCUCGCCUUCAAGUCGAAACACUUCCCGGGCGAGUGUGUGGUGACCCGGCGCGGUUCUCCACUGCUGGUGGGCAUCAAGGCGAAAACGAGCCUCGCCACCAACCACGUCCCGAUCCUGUACGGGAAGGGCCCCCGGCACGGAUCGUCCGGCAAUGUGCAGGUCGAACCGACGCCCGACAAUACGGCCGAUUUUAUCAACCCGGGCGAGGAGGUGGAAUACUUCUUCGCGUCGGACGCGUCGGCCGUGAUUGAGCACACGAACCGGGUCAUCUAUCUGGAGGACGAUGAUGUGGCGGCAGUUAAGGACGGUGCGCUUGGCAUCCAUCGGCUGAAGAAGAGCCAGGAUGAUCCGCACGCGCGUGAAAUCACCACGCUCAAGAUGGAGAUCCAGCAGAUCAUGAAGGGCAACUAUCGGUACUUCAUGCAGAAGGAAAUUUUCGAGCAACCGGAAUCGGUCAUCAACACGAUGCGAGGUCGGGUGAAUUUCGAGAGCAAGAAGGUGACGCUCGGUGGCAUUAAGGAUUACAUUCCGGAGAUUAAGCGCUGCCGGCGGUUGAUGCUGAUUGCGUGCGGCACGUCGUACCACAGUGCGGUGGCUACGCGGCAGCUGCUCGAGGAGCUAACCGAGCUGCCGGUAAUGGUGGAGCUGGCGUCCGACUUCCUCGACCGCAACACCCCAAUCUACCGGGACGAUGUGUGCUUCUUCAUCUCGCAGUCGGGCGAAACGGCCGAUACGCUGAUGGCACUGCGGUACUGCAAGCAGCGCGGUGCCCUGAUCGUCGGCAUUACCAACACGGUCGGUAGUUCGAUCUGUCGCGAAUCGCACUGCGGUGUGCAUGUGAACGCGGGCCCAGAAAUCGGUGUCGCUUCGACGAAGGCGUACACGUCCCAGUUCAUCUCGCUGGUCAUGUUUGCGCUGGUGAUGAGCGAGGAUCGGCUAUCGCUGCAGGGACGCCGGCUCGAGAUCAUCGAGGGGCUGCGCAAUCUGGACGCGCACAUCAAGCAGGUGCUGAUGCUGGACCAGAAGGUGCUGGAGAUUGCGCAGGACCUGUACCAGCAGAAGUCGCUGCUGAUUAUGGGCCGUGGGUACAACUUUGCCACCUGCAUGGAGGGUGCGCUGAAGGUGAAGGAGCUGACGUACAUGCACAGCGAGGGCAUUAUGGCGGGCGAGCUGAAGCACGGCCCGCUCGCGCUGGUCGACGACACGAUGCCGAUCGUGAUGAUCAUUAUGCGCGACCCGGUCCACCUGAAGUGUAUGAACGCGCUGCAGCAGGUGACGGCCCGCGAGGGACGGCCGAUCAUCAUCUGCGAGGAGGGCGAUGCCGAGACGAUGACGUUCGCGUCCAAGGCGCUGGAGAUUCCGCGCACCGUCGACUGUCUGCAGGGUGUGCUGACGGUCAUACCGAUGCAGCUGCUUUCCUACCAUAUCGCGGUGCUGCGCGGCUGCAAUGUGGACUGCCCGCGAAAUCUCGCCAAAUCGGUCACGGUCGAGUAGGGCGGGGUAGAGAAGGAGAAGGGAAAAGGAGGCAGUGUUUGUGCGUGCGUGUGCGUGCGUGUGAGAGUGAUCGUGAUCGUGAUCGUGGUUUAACUGCGUGCGUGAGAGUGGUCGGAGACACAGUUAGAGAAUCCGGGAGCCGGGAUGAUGCGAAAAGAAAACGAAGGCAAGAUUUACAGAGCCUAGUGUCUGGAGCCGGAUUUUAAAGCCCUGGCUCUGUUUAUUUAGCUUGUGUUGUUUAUGCAAUUUUUAAAGAGCGAUGUUAUCGGUGUGUGUGCUACUUGGCUCCUUCGUGAGACAACGAGCGUUCUACUAUAGCAUUUAAGUUGUUCUUCAAGAGUAUAUAAUUUUGUUUUCUGUUAUUAUUGCUUAAAGCGACAGCUCUUUUACCUUCUCUUCCACACACACACACACACGUGCACGAGUGCGCGUGCGCAUACGCCCAAUCCCGCCAAGCCCGCGUACAGAGAAUCAAUUAGUUUAGUAAGCUUCAUUUUUAACAAAUCUUUAAUGUUAGAUGUUUUUUUUAAAUCUCCCUGCUUUUGGGCUGACUCAGCUGCUUGAGGAGGAGCCCCACUGUUCGGGUGAAUGAUAAAGCCACAACAACAACGUCAAAAAAAAACUACAUUACGCAUCACACUGUAAGCGCGUGCCGAUAGGAACUUUAAAUGCCACUUAGUACGAACAUUCGACAGAGCAGGGAGCUUGCUUUUUGCUAUCUAAUUAAGGGACAAUGGUAACCAUAAUAAUGCUUGCCAUUAUACCGGCCGGCCGAGCCGUAGAGCAGCUUGCAAUCGACGAUCGAGCGCAGUUUGAAGAACCAACCCAUCUCUUCCACGUCCGCAAAACCUUCGUCACCGAAUGCGCAAACAUCAAACAUCCCCUUUACAGCACCCUACCACCCCAACAGCUCCCCUUUUUGGGGGUGGUUGGGUGAACCACACGGAAAACUAGCGUCGGCUCGGUGUGUGUCUGUGUGUGUGCUAUGUUACGGAGGUGAUAAGCACCAUCACUUUAUCAUUAGCAUCAACCUUACCACGCAAUUGAAAGGUCGGUUUCGCUUGGCUGCUUGCUUCCCUGUCUCUCGCUCCCUGGAGCCAGUGGCAUCAGCUAGGCGGGCUGUCUCACAGAUCUGCUAUUUGGGAUGUGUGUCGCGCGCGCGCGCGCCUACCUGGUGUGAUAAGUUUGAUUUGGCCUAAUUUUGGCACUUAGACACACACGCACGCAUAAAAGGUGUUGGCUCCAAUAAUGUGCAAUAACAGGCAAAGAAUAGUAUCUCGAUCAAUCGCCAAUUAAGAUGACGUGCACACGCGGUCGGUCGGUCUCCCUUUUUUUUUUUUUUUGGUGAAAAUGGGAACCAUUGUUUGCUGUCCGGCAGCUGGAUGGUAGAUUAGAGUUGGCGCGCACCACAGACCAGCCGCCGAUCGCGUGCAACCUGCUGCCACGUUCCGGAUGGACGCAUUGAGGAAAACAAAAAGAGAGAGAGAGAAGAAGGCCCCAGAGACACACACCCAAACGUUUAAGAUUUUCGGCCAUCCUCGUUUCGGUUAGGUAGGGACUAAAUUUAAGCCAAAAAUUCGAAAAUGCACAGACAGUAUGUAUGUAUUGGUAGAGAGGCGCAGAUUAAUGUGUGGAUAUAGUAUGUACGUCCUAGACGGACUCCAGUCGGCAUGAUCACGACAUGACGUGUGACAAGGAAAAGAAGGAAGGAAAGGCAACGAGAUGGCAGUUGCGUUUGUGUAGUAACGUUUAAGGAAGCGUUCCGAUGGGCGAUGUAGCUUGUAAAGUUUGUAAAACCCGAAUGCGUGUACGAAUGCAUGUAUGUGAAUAAAGUAUUAGUGCUUUCCCCCCACUUUUUUUUUAUUGGUAAA